AUGGCAAUGGACCCUCUUGGUGCAAAUGGCAGGCAGGCUGCCGCAUUUCUUUUUCCGAGCUCAACGCCUUCGGCUUCAUCGUCCAAUGCUGGAGGAGUGCAGUUAGGCUCCGAUGGUGCCACAUCCAGCGGCACACGGCCUGGCGAUGUCAGCCUGUCGCUGGAUACCUUUAACAAGUCUCCCUACGCACCGCUCGGCGAAGUGUACUACAGUGCUGAGGAGCGAAAAGCACAGCUUUCGACAGCUGGAGCCGCCUCACAGACAGACAUGAGCUACGUGUCACCGACUGUCGAUGGAGCCAAAAUCUUGGCGUAUGCGGAAAUUUUUGGCCGAGAACUCACUCCCGCGGUCAUGACGCGUUGCAAACGGAGCGUAAAGAAACUCGAAUGGCUACUGUGCCUUAAUGUGGUUCCACCGGCUUUUUUCGCUAAGCACAAGCUGGCGGAAAGCACCACUUCAGCAGCUGGAGGUGCAGAAUCUAAUACAACCGCCUCGUCUACAGCUUCACCGUCGUCACCUAACAACAAGACGGUAACGACGAACUUGUGGCUUGAACGUCUUCGAAAGCUGCGGGCAGAAUACGCAGUUAUCAAAGAGCAGUACAAAAUUGACCUGACCACGACGUUGAAGCGUGCGCAAAAGAACCCAACGAAGUUCAACCCGUUGUCCAAAGCCGAGGACAAUCCCUGGGAACAGGCGUCCGAGGAUGAGGAGUUGAUGCAGGAAAUAUCCAAGGACGUAGAGAGAACGUACAGUGAUAGGGAGCUUUUCUGUCGCAAAGAGGUUCGCAGCGUCUUGCAGCAAGUUUUGUACAACUGGUGCAAGCAGUUUAACCCCUCGAAAAAAGCCGCCGAGAGCUACCGACAGGGCAUGAACGAGCUCUGUGCCAUCGCGUACCAGGUAACUCAUGACUCUCUUUUUUGUGACAGCAGCACACCCGCAGCACCGACGUCACCGAGAAGUAGCAGCACAAUGCUAGCAUUUUUGCACGAGUUUGGAAGUGCAGAGCACCGCGAGGCGGACUGCUUCAUCCUAUUUCGGGCGCUAAUGGCGCACGGCUUCACACCUCUGUUUGAAGUGCAGGCUCCCGUGUACACGACUAAAGCCGUGGCUUCUCCUCGAGGCCCCUUGGAGUUGCCGUUUGAAGAACCGCAUAAGCCACCCCAGGUCGAGGUGGAAAACCCGAAAACGGUAAUUCUCGGGAAAUGCAACCACAUCAUGGAAACGUUGCUGAAAAAAGCGGAGCCUGAGCUCCACCGUCUGCUCGUCGAGACCUAUUGCGUCCCAGCACAAGUGUUUCUUCUUCGCUGGAUCCGGUUGCUUUUCUGCCGCGAAUUCUCGGUAGAGGACUCGCUCGACCUGUGGGCUGAGAUAUUCCAGGACUCGUUUCUGAACGGCGAGAAGCACGACUUUGAGCUGGGCAGCUACAUAGCCGUAGCGAUGCUGCGAUACGUGAAGACGGAAUUGCUCUCCAGCGACGAAAGCGGUUGCCUUUCUCGGCUGAUGAAGUACCCGCAGGUAGAUGUGGAGCCUUUGAUGAAGAUGGCAAAGCAUAUUCGCUACGAAGUGGACACGACGAAAAAGCACAGUGUGGGCUUGCAGAUUCUUCCACAGGCUUAUCUCGCGGCAACGCCGAAAUCGACGCCCGACAGCCUUUCUAGUACGCCGAACCUGGCCACCGCACCCCCACAGCAGACCCUUGGUGGCAUAACACCAGCGGGGGGAGCCCACCCAAUGGCAACAACGCCAACACCUCUCUUCGGCGGCGCCUUAACAGUGAGUACCGCUACGGCAACCCCGGCAAGCGCAGCAACCCCGCUGUUCCCAACACCCGCCACAAGUGCACAGCCCAAACCCAACCCACUGGCAGGUCCGCUGCAACCCCGUGAGCCGAGCACGGUUCACAUCAGCAGCAUUCAGGGCCCCCUCUUUCCUCCUAGAACUGCGGCAGUUGCUCCAGCAAUGGUAGGAGCCGUGAACCCGCAACAUCUUCAACAACCUCUUAGUUCAUCUGGCGGAGUAGUUCCGCCUCCCUCUAUGGCGGUGUCCGGUGGCGCGGGGUCGUCCGUUAAUUGGGAAGAACAAUUCGCGCUACUCAAGGAAAAGGCGAGGGUGAAGGUGAACGAGUUGAACGAGAAGAUUCAAUCUCUGAACCAGAGUUUGCAAGAGCAAGGCGCUCAAGCAGCGGCAGCACAGCGCGAGAAAAAGUUAGCCCAACGCACGGUAGAGGACCUCACCCUCAAUAAAGACCAAAGUGCUCAACAAAUCUCGCAAUUGCGCACGCAAAUCAGCAAGCUCCAAAACAAGCAACUUUUUGAGAGUGUGAAGAAAACAAACUCUCUAUUUGGCGAAGACGACGACGAGCAGCUGGCCGCUGCGGCGAAUUUGGGUGCAAGCGGAGACGUCUCAGCCGCUGCUACCGACGUAAGAAUCUACUCGAAACUUUAACUUCUUUGAUUUUUCCACGACCUUCUGGUUCUGCUUAAGAAUGUUACUCUAAUUCUAAAAGCGUUCUUGUACUUGUUCCUCUGGUACAUAAAAAUUCAACGACUCAGCCCUAUAAGUAUAAUCGCAAAGAGCGAAAACACUACACAAGCACAUCAAGUGCAAGAAAUCUAUCAGCAACUACUUCCACUUUUUCUUGUAUCUUUACUGUAUCUUGAAUGAAUUUGAGUUUGACGGCUUCUUUGCAUCUACACUACUACAGCUUGCCUCAGCACUGGAGAGUGAAAUACAACCGUGGAGAAAGCGUGUGGAUAAUCUCGUAGAAGAAAAACGUCAAGCGGAGGAUCAGCGCGAUGCUUUGGAGGAGGAGAGACGGCAGAUGAUCGCGGGUGUGGAGCACCUGAAGACCCAAGCAAAGGCGCGCAUACAGGAUCUGAAUGCGAAACUACAGGAAGCACAACAGAAGCUGCAGGAAGCUUCAGUGGGAUCCGCCACAGCCUCCUCAUCCGCUGGAAAUGAGGUAAACAAGGAAAAUGAAGCACUGGCGGAGCUGAAGGCGGCGCACGCGAAAGAGCUUGAAACUAUGAGAGCAGCCAGCGCAGCGAAACUUGAGGUACUAGAACGCAAAGUGAAGGAGGCCGCAAGUGCGGCAAGCGCGGAUGAAAAACUGAGACACGAAAUCGAAGCGAAGUUUACAGUUCGAUGCGCUGAGGUCGCGGCGGAAGGAAAGGGCUCUGCUGGAGGCACCACCACUGCCUCAACGUCGAGCGAUGUGGCGGAAACGAGUAGUGCACCAAAGUCGCCGACUGCUGCACCAGAGGGGCCGAGCACCGACCUGCUCAACGGAAGUUCUUCGGCAGCUGCCCAAGCAGGCGCUUCUGCUGCGAAGCAAGAGAGCGCAGGUCGCGUUGGGGAGCUCGAACUUCAGGUCGCAUCUCUAGAAAAGCGCGUGGCGGAGCUGCAACAAGAGCUGGAAUCCAGUGCGGAGCAGGCGCGCACCGCGAAGGAUACGUUGCAAAAGCAGGCUAUCGCGAAGAUGACCGAGAUGAAAACGGCCUACGAAACGGCACUCGGGACAGCUCGGGCACAAGUGACGCAAGAAACGGAGCGCGUCGCAGCGACGCAGCAGCAGCUACAGAAGCUUCAGCUCGAGCUGGAGAAGGUGCAGGCCGACUUAGCAGCAACACGGACUCAAGCGCAGUCCAGCAACGAGCAGGCGCAGACGCAAGCGCAACAGGCCGAAGCAGCACUGGCGGCGGAGAAGAAGCGCAAUGAGGAAGCGUUGACAACACUACGCAGUACGUUGGAGAAGGACAUAGUUGCCGCGACAGAAUCUAAAACGAAUGCAGAACAGGCGUUACAGGCGGCCAAAGAAGCAGCUGACGUCGCCGAGCAUAACAUGCGCGUUGAGGCAGAGGAGCAAACCCGCCUCGUCCGCGAGCAAAAGGACAAGGAAAUUGAAGACAUCAAGAAUAUGGCCCGGGAAAAAAUUGCCGAACUCACGCAGCAAAACCAAGACCUGACGGCAAGUGCAAGCUCGCGAGGCGAUACUGGACAACCUGCGGAGGGCGAGGGGUCGAGCGCCGCGGAAGGUAAGUAAACAUUAACACUUGAACAUGAAGAGCCAGCAAAAGAACGUUUCGGUGUCUGUAACUGUAUCAGUUGUACAUCAUCUAUUAAGACCGACAAGAACUCAACAAGGAUUUAGUACAUACUUUUACUUAAUUUUUUCAUCAUCUUCGGCCACGUUGACGUCACUUUCUCCUCCUCCUGAGUUGCAGCAGUGCGAGAAGAGUAUGAGGCAACGUUGGACGAUUUUAGAAAGCAGGCGCGAGAUAGAUUUGCAGCGAUGACUGAAACUGAGCAGCAACUGCGCGGUGAAAUGGAAGCGCUUCAAGCAAAGGUUAGACUUAGAAUAGACUUACAGGACUCUUUGCCCUUUUGUCGUAGGUCGGUGACAGACAUCAAUGACAAAGUACCAUUGAAGAAGAAAACUUUCUUGUUCGCCUUAUCAUGAUAAAGCCAGGCCCAGGCGCAGGCCCCGGCAUGUGAUCUUUCUAUUUUCAUCUGCUUCCGAUGAGUCUAUCUCUUUCUCUUCUAUGAUCAACUCAACUCUGCUGUUUACUCUUACACCAAGCACAAAGCAAGCAUCAUCCAUACAUCUUCUUCUUCACUCCUUCAGGAAACGGAGUCAGCCUCGAAGAGUAGUGCCUACGAGGCGGAAAUUCAACGACUGCAAGGAGAAAUUGACAGCCUCGCUAACAGAACGAGGCAAUUGGAAGCUGAGUUGCGGGAGCGAGACAACAACUCCCGAGGCCAUUCUAGUGCGGAGUUCGAAAUCGUGAAGAAGGAUGAGCUUUUGAUCGAUACAGGAACAACUGCUGCACCGGCUGCAGUCCUUCCAGGAGAGCAAGAUCCUUUUCUGGUGGAUACAACAGCUCCAGCUGGUGAGCAAACGUCGAAGAGCACCACAAGCAACACGGAAAUCGACAAACUUUUUGAUGAAAUGGAUAUGUAGAAGAAGUUGUGGGCAGCCCUAUUUAAAAUGUUGGCUCCCCUUCAUUGAGUAUUGAGAGGAGACGGACUGUUCCUGUUGUAUGUUGUUGAUGUUGUGAACAAUAGCUUCGAAGAAGUACAAGUAGAAAGUAUGUUAGUACAGCUCGGCUGUACGAAAGCAUGUUACAGCGGCAAUCAACGGACGAGAUCAUGGUUCCUCCAAUGUCAUGGCAUUAUACCCGCCAACUGGCAACUUUUCUUCAUAAGCAUAAAAAUCGGCGAGGAAAGGAAAUUUCACCAUCCGCGAGUGGAGUUGCUUGGAGUUGUACUUGUAGAUUAAGCUAGAGUAACAAAGAUGACCCAGGGCCAUGUUCCGCUAACCUUUUCACUUGUCAAAUAAUCCGAAUAUUACAGGCUGGUCGUUCACCCGUCAGUACUUCGGUACACCAUUGAUCCUGGUUAACUUCAGUAAAUAUCCUCGACACUGCUAAGUGUUCAGCGUGAAUGAAAAGUUGAUCGGCAACAUGCUCAGUCAUUAUCGUACAGCACUCUGCCUGUAGCUGGAGUCCGGC